AUGAUUGUCGCUAUUGAAGGCUGCUGCCACGGCGAACUGGAUGCUAUCUACAGGACAAUCGAAGAACGCGAGCGUUUGAACAACUACAAAGUCGACCUUUUGUUGAUUUGUGGCGACGUUCAGACGGUUCGAAAUGAAGCGGAUAUCGAUGCUAUGAAUGUGCCCCGGAGCUAUCUUCGCCUGGGCACCUUCCACAAGUAUUACUCCGGAGAAGUUCCAAUCCCUGUACCGACCAUCUUUAUUGGUGGCAAUCACGAGGCGAGCAACUACCUCUUCGAACUGUACCACGGCGGAUGGGCUGCUCCAGGAUUCUACUUUCUCGGAUACGGAGGCGUCAUCAAUGUUGGUGGCUUGAGGAUCGGAGGCAUGUCCGGCAUCUACAAACAAUAUGACUAUGAGAAGGGACACUACGAGAUGAUACCCCUGGACGAACACCAGAAGAAGAGCAUCUACCACAUCCGCCACUACGAUGUCUACAAGAUGCUGCAGAUCAAAGAGCCCAUGGACAUUUUUCUCUCACAUGACUGGCCCCUCGGCAUCGAACGCUACGGAAACACAGCAGAGCUGAUCAGGAAGAAAAGUUUCUUCAGAGGAGAGAUUCAGAGCAAUACCCUUGGAAGCAAGGCGUUUGAGGGUGUUCUGGAGAAGCUAAGACCCAGAUACUGGUUCUCGGCACACUUGCAUGUGAAGUUUUUCGCAGAGAUUUUCUGGGAGCAUGGACAGACAGGAGCAGAGAUGGUGACUGGACCAUUACUUGAGGCGGCUAUUGCUGCAAAGGAGGUGGCCAAGAACCCGGACGAGAUUGAGAUUGCCUUUGAUGAUGAUGACGAUGAUGACGCCGACGAAGUUACAGGAGAGUUGGGAGCGGCAAGUUUGUUGACGGACACUACGGCGACCUCCUCUAGCGACUCGGACCCCGUUUUGAACCCGGACGAAAUCAAAUUUGACAUGGACGAUGAAGACGAAAGCGAGGAUAAUGACGCGACUAAGGCGACCCCUGCAGUCAAGGAGUCAGUGACAACGGGAGCCGUGCCAAGCUCAGCGGCAGCAGUUGAUGGCCUUUUGGUGCCACCCAAGGGAGGUGAGAGAUCAUAUGAAAGCACAAAGUUCUUGGCUUUGGACAAAUGUGAGGGAAAACGUCAGUUCCUCGAAAUUCUUGAAUUUCCCGAAGCCACUGGACCUGUGGAGUUCUUUUAUGACGAAGAGUGGUUGGCCAUCGUCCGCACGUUGGCUGCAUCAUUUUCUAUCAACCACAAGCAAAAUAGGCCUAUGGAGGACGCAGUUUUGGAGCACACGUUGCAGUUGAACAGAGAAUGGGUCAAGAAGAACAUUACCCAGAAGCAAGGUUUGGUUAUUCCAAACAACUUCCAGCACACUUCUCCUACUCAUGAUCCUGUGCGUACAAUGAACCGCCAAGAGAAAUACGACAACUCGUUGCCAUUCUUGAACCCCCAGAUGGAGGACUUCUGUGCCAUGCUCCAAAUCCCCAACCAGAUCAACCCCCGCGGACGUCGCGUUUAA